GCGGCUCUGCUCCGAGGCUUGUCAAGGCUCAGCACACACACACACGCAACCCGGAGUGAAAACAUUUACUCUCACCUGUCUUCAAACCCAAAGCAAACCUCACGUCCAAGCAAACUGCCAACACUUCGAACGAGAAGACACCCAAGCCAGAAUCUAAUGUAAGGGGAAGAAUUUAAAUGUACACUUAGCAACUUCUCGCUGUAAAGCAAGUGGGUGUAAGGAAGGCAAGGAGCAUUUUAAGACAAGGACCCCUUGAAGAAGAUUUUGUGGUUUUCUCUCUUUUUUGGAUUUUGUACCAAACUUUGGAAAAGUUGUGGGCUUUUUAAUUAUUACUUUGUGCACCUUUUUUUCUAAGAACAUUGAGUCACUGUUUCCCGUAUGUAAAAUAUUUUUAAUACAUAUAUUUUCAAAAGGAAGACAAUCAAGAGGGAAAAUAAACCAAAAUAGCAUGUGGACCACCUAGCAGAAAGGAAUCCUGAAGCAUCCCUUGUGGCGAGGGGGACACAGACUCUGGAUGCGUAUAAUUUCGAGGGACUGCAUUUUUUUUCCACCGGAUUUAUGAGAUAGCGCAGAGGCAGGCGAGUCACCGAGAAUCGCUUGUGUCUCCCCUCACCACUAUCACCAUCACCACCUCCUCUUCCAAGGGCUCCUGCAACUCUCCCAGCACCAGCCCGGCUCGGAGGGGAAAUGGGAACGCGGGGCGCCUUCGAUGCCUGAGGUCGGGCGGCCGCGGAGCUGUUUGCGGGAAGCGUUUCCCUCUCGGGGCUCGCCGUCCAUGUGCCCGCAGCCGGCGGGGCCUGAAGUCGGGAUGAAUUUCGGCGUGGUCUUCGCGUUCAUCCUCUCCCUACCCCUGGCCCGCCUGGAGGGGGACCCAAUACCUGAAGACAUUUAUGAGAUUUUGGGCAGCAGCUCAGUACGUUCCAUCAGCGACCUGCAGCGUGCUCUGCGGAUAGACUCCGUAGAGGAAGAUAGCUCGAGCCUGGACCUGAAUGCAACUCAGAUUGGUCAAAACCCCAUAGUCCUGUCUCGGGAGCGACGAAGCCUGGACGCUCUGGCAGCAGCGGAGCCGGCUGUCCUGGCGGAGUGCAAGACGCGGGCGGUGGUCUUUGAAAUCUCCCGCAACAUGGUGGACAGCACCAACGCCAACUUCGUGGUGUGGCCUCCCUGCGUGGAGGUGCAGCGCUGCUCCGGCUGUUGCAACAACCGCAAUGUGCAGUGCCGCCCCGUGCAGAUUCGCGUCCGGCACGUCCAGGUGAACAAGAUCGAAUUUGUCCAGAGGAAGCCAAAAUUCAAAAAAGUUGUUGUGCCUUUGGAGGACCACGUGCAGUGUCGCUGUGAAGCGGUGUCCCGUCCGCCCCCCAGGAGCAGCCGGCCAGGGCCACGCGAGCAGCGCCGCUUGUCCCCCGCGUUCACCACAGCCGCUGUCUCGCAGCGGCAGCGAGUACGCCGGCCGCCGGCGCAGAAGAGGAAACAUAAGAAGUACAAGCAUGUCAACGAUAAGAAAGUGCUGAAAGAAAUCCUCAUAGCAUAGAAGUGCUGGCAGGGGAGAGAGCACAAAGCAGGUUUAUUUAAUGUAUUUGCUGUAUUGCCCCCAUGGGGUCCUUGGAGUGAUAACUUUUCCUCUUUGUCCAUCUGCCUCGACGUCUGAUUCAGACGGCAAUUGGUGCUUCCCUUUCCAUCAGUGAACCUUCUCCCACCAAAGCCUCUCCCUUCUUUCAUUUAUUAGCAUAAUUUUAAAGUUUUACACACACAAAAAAAAAAAGAACAAAGAUGACCUAUAUAUAUAUAUAUAUAUGAGAGAAGAGAACAAAGUACAAAUAAAACCAUGAACCCUGACAGCCACAACACGCAACGAAGACAGGACAAUGCCUUCCCUGCUCCAGAGGACAAUGUGAAAAGGAAAGUGGGUCCAAUUUCUUCUGAGGGGAGGAGAAAAACAAACAGACAGAGAGGGAAAGGGAAUAUUUUCCCUUUGCUUGAUGGUUCUGGUAAGGAUGGGGGGCCUGGCUGAGAUCAGCACUUGCACUGGACCUGCACGUUGGAAACAGGCAAAUCUCAGAUUGUGAGCGGCGACCGGUGGUGGAAAAUGCACUAAGGACUCUGAGUGCCCUACCUGGACAGAUCUCUAUUUUUAAUGUGCUGUGGAUAUUUUAUUUUGAGAAGAGGAAAAAAAAAAGAAACCACUAAGAUACACAACAUCUCGGGGAACAGAACAAAACAAACACACAAAAAGAAGCAAAACAGAGAAGCCAAAUGCAUUCCCCCCCACCCCCACCCCCUCUCUUUCCCCUCCUGCUCCUGGUGCUGACUGGAAGGUGUCUGAAUCAUGGGGAAGGAGCAGACGGUGGCAGGAUUGUCUCCACGUCCCCGGCCCCUGCCAUGGGGAGCCCUCUUUGCACAUGCUGGUGGAGAAUUCAACUUUCCAGGCUAGGACUGAAAUUAUUUUUGAAAUUUGCUCUGUGUGUGUGUGUGUGUAUGUGUGUGGGUGUGUGUGCAUACACACACGUGUGUGUGCGUGCUUCUGUGUGUGUGUGUUGAGUAUGUGUAUUUAUACAUACAUAUAUAAAUAUAUAUAUA